UCUCUCUUUCUCUUUUUCUCUCCUAGUCGGGUUAACCGGGUAGGAAGAUUAGAGGCGGAAGCUUGACGACAGCCUUUCUUCUUCCAUUGAAGAUGCAACCUUCUUCUUCUUCUUCUUAACCUUCCUUCCCCUACGGGGUGAGAGAGAAGAAGAAGAAGCAGAUUCUUCAUCCUCUCCAGGAAAAAGGAACCGAUCGAUACCCGUGUCUGAUUACGGAGAUAGGGUUCUCAUGGAUUCACUUCCAUCAACUACCAAAGAUGAAGGCUCCGCCCUUCUCCAAGACACGGAUGCUUGUGCCGCUCCCUUAGUCGAUCCUUUCCUGGUCGAGGCUCUCCAAAACCCUCGUCAUCGUCUCACCAUUCUGAGGAUGGAACUCGAUAUCCAAAAGUUCCUGCAAAACUCAGAUGUGGAACAGUUUGAGUUCCAGCAAUUCCCUACUUCAUACCUUCGACUUGCAGCUCAUCGCGUUGCUCAACACUAUGGCCUGCAAACAAUGGUUCAGGAUAGUGCAUUAGAUGGUCAAGGGACAAAAAUUGUGGUGAGGAAAACGACGGAGAGUAGAUGUUCCGCUAUGCAUUUAUCCGAUAUACCUAUUAGACAGUUAGGUACUGAGAAGCAUGAUAAUGUUAAAAUUUUCUUGAGGCCAAAACCUUUUAAUGCAUCGAAUGAGGCUAGUGAACUGGGAAUGAAACGUAGUACUGUGAGGACUGUUGAAGAAAGGAAGGAGGAUUAUGAUAGGGCACGAGCUCGAAUUUUUAGCAGUCCCACUAACUCAGAGUUGGAAGAUACAAUUUCUCAGGCGCCGAUAGAAGGGAAGGUUUUGUGUAUGACUACUGAGCCUGAAAGAUCUAUCAGUGUUAGAGAUGUGGGCAUGCCUUCUCUAGUGGCCACUUUCAAAGAUAGGGACAAAGAUCUUACUGAUCCAGAUUAUGACCGAAGAAGUUACAAAAGGUAUGUUCAAACAAUGCCAACUGCUCAAAAUAUAAAUUUGAUGCCUUUGAGCAUGCAUAAUUUCCGCGGUCCAUUUGUGCCUUAUGGUGUUUUUCCUCAGAUGGCCCACCAUCACCAGCCUUCUGUAACAUUCGGUGCACCUAUCAUGAAUCCGUUUUGUGCAAAUGGAUUAGAUCAUCAAAAACCCAUAGACGUUGUUCAUAUGCAAUGGCCGACAUCUACAAUGAUGUAUGCUCAGUCUUACGAUCAAUUUCGACACGCCUUCUUCCAGGCACCCUGCAGCCAGCAGCAGCAGCCUCUGAGCUUCGGUUACUCCCAAAACUAUUGAUUGAAUAUGUCUAUCUGUAUUACAUUUCAAACCGGGAUAGCGAAUUCAUUAUUUCAAUAUUUGGACAAAUAGUUUAAUUUUUUUUUUUAUCUUUUUGAGCCCCUCUAGAUGGCAAGACUUUGAACUCGGAAACUAGUAGUCUCUUUCUGGUUGUCAUUUUUGUUCUCUAUUAUGACUUAUUUCUUCUGCA